CAAUUGUCACUCGAUGUCAUUUUGAUUUGCUUGCGUCAAUCGAUUAAAUUGACGAAUUUUUCUCAAAAUCAUUUUGUGACGAUUCAUCGAGAAUCGAUUGGCUGCCUUAUCAUUGCGUUUUACUUCAAGGGACCGACAGUUGGUUCGUCGAUAGUAGCGAUUUCAGCGAGAUUGGCUAGCACAGAGGCAACAUUUCAAACGAAACCAUACAAACUGCAUAAACUCGACUCCGGACCAGAUGUGAACGUUUCUGUGACGAAGGAUGACGCCAUUCAGUUCUACACUCAAAUGCAGACUAUCCGACGAAUGGAGACAGCAGCCGGAAAUCUGUAUAAGGAGAAGAAAGUUCGAGGAUUUUGUCAUUUAUAUUCGGGUCAGGAAGCGUGUGCGGUUGGUAUGAAAGCAGCAAUGGGACCUGAAGAUGCAGCAAUUACAGCAUAUCGAUGCCACGGCUGGACAUAUUUAAGUGGUUCGAGUGUUGCACAGGUUCUUUGCGAACUUACAGGUCGAAUCUCGGGUAAUGUUCAUGGCAAAGGUGGUUCAAUGCAUAUGUACGGUCAUAACUUCUUUGGUGGCAAUGGUAUUGUUGGUGCACAACAACCACUCGGUACUGGCGUUGCGUUCGCGAUGAAAUACAGAAAACAAAAGACUGUUUGCAUAACGCUGUUCGGCGAUGGCGCCACAAAUCAAGGGCAGUUGUUCGAAUCAAUGAAUAUGGCUAAAUUAUGGAACUUACCUGUACUGUACGUUUGUGAAAAUAAUGGUUAUGGUAUGGGUACAUCAGCUGCGAGAUCAUCUGCGAGCACUGAUUAUUAUACACGAGGAGAUUACGUUCCCGGAUUUUGGGUUGAUGGAAUGGACGUUCUAGCUGUACGCCAGUCAAUCCUAUGGGCAAAAGAGUGGUGUAACGCAGAUAAAGGACCGUUGAUGAUUGAGAUGGCAACAUACAGAUAUGGUGGUCAUUCGAUGUCUGAUCCUGGAACGAGUUAUCGUACACGUGAGGAGAUUCAGGAAGUUCGUAAAACAAGAGAUCCUAUUACUGGAUUCAAGGAUAAAAUUGUUACUGCAGGACUUGUCACUGAAGAUGAACUCAAAACGAUCGACAAAGAAGUUCGUAAAGAGGUAGACGAAGCUGUGAAACUCGCACAUUCGGAUAAGGAGACUCCGACUGAUUUUCUGUUGACGGAUAUCUAUUAUAAUACACCAGCACAAACUGUACGUUGCACGACAGAUGAAGUACUUCAAACUCAUUUGACAUCUGAAGAGGCGUGUAAAGCUGUUGCAAAAUGA